CCGGAAUAUCCUCCUCUAUUUUUACUCACUAAAACAUUCACUCUUUCAAUACGUUAUCUGAUGUCAAAACCCCUCAUUUUCCCCCUUUUUAUUACUCCGCCUUUUUAAACCUUCAAAUUAAUUUCUAAACCCUCCCUUUCUCUCUCUUCCCUUUUUCAACAUCCAGACAAAAAACCAACAUAUCACCAUCUCCACUCUCACCCUCUUUACUCCAUCUCUCCCAUCUUCUCUCUCUCCUUCCUCUAUUGGUAUCCAGUUCAAGCUUUGAUAAUGGAGUCUCCGCAUAUUGGCGGAACACUACCACUCAACAAUGAAGAAGACGAACACAAAAUCGAAUCACCUGAAAAAAUCAUACUUCGAUGGGAUUCUACUGUUUCCGAAGAAGCUCGUGAUAAGAUGAUUUUUUCCGGUGAUCGUCAAGAAGUUGAUCGUUACUUGAAAGCUGUUGAUGAGAUCCAACGCUCAAUUCAAUCACUUACUAUCUCUUCACCUUCUUCUGGUGACUCAAACCCUAACACUAUUCAAAUCGCCAUGGCUAGGUUAGAAGAUGAGUUUCGCAACAUUUUACUUUCUCAUUCUUCACCUGUUGAUUCUGAUUCUUUGCUUGUUGAUACUCCUCGUUCUGUUUCUUCUUCUUCGCGUGAUCAUUUUGAUCAAUUUGUUGAUGCUGCUGUUUCGGAGGAGUUGGAUUCGGAGAUUCCGAGGUGUGAUAGUUCGGAAUCUUCUAGAAGAAGUGUAAGAUCGACGACGAGUAUUCGUGAAGUUGAUUUGAUUCCUUCAGAUGCGAUCGUCGAUCUUCGAAGUAUUGCUGAGAGAAUGAUUGCUGCGGGUUAUUUACGAGAGUGUAUUCAGGUUUAUGGCAGUGUGAGAAAAUCUAGCGUUGAUGCGAGUUUCCGAAGUUUAGGUAUUGAGAAGCUUAGUAUUGGUGAUAUUCAACGAUUAGAAUGGGAUACUUUAGAGAAUAAGAUUCGUCGUUGGAUUAAAGCUGCGAAAGUUUGUAUUCGAACUCUUUUCGCUUCGGAAAAACGAUUAAGUGAGCAGAUCUUUGAUGAUUUGAGUUUGAAUUCGAGUGUUGUUUCAUCACCGCCAUCUUCGUCGUAUUCAGAAGCUUGUUUUCUGGAAACAGUGAAAGGUCCUGCAAUGCAGUUGUUUAAUUUUGCCGAAGCAAUUAGUAUAAGUCGAAGAUCUCCGGAAAAACUGUUUAAAAUUCUUGAUUUACAUGAUGCGUUGGCGGAGUUACUGCCUGAUAUUGAUGUUGUAUUUGAGUCUAAGACGGCAGAGUCAAUUAGGGUUCAGGCAACGGAGAUAUUGUCUCGAUUAGCAGAGGCAGCGAGGGGGAUAUUAUCCGAAUUUGAGAAUGCUGUUCUCAAGGAACCUUCUAGGGUUCCUGUUCCUGGCGGUACAAUUCAUCCAUUAACUAGGUAUGUGAUGAAUUAUAUUAGUUUGAUAUCUGAUUAUAAGCAAACAUUAUUUGAAUUGAUUGUAGCGAAACCUUCUUCGAGUGUUUCGAGGUAUUCAGGGGAGCUAUCAGUGCCUGAUUUUGAUUUUUCGGAAUUAGAAGAGGAGAGGACUCCUCUAGCGAUGCAUUUGAUUUGGAUAAUUGUUAUAUUGGAAUAUAAUUUAGAAGGGAAAUCACAACAUUAUAAAGAUACAUCUUUGGCUCAUUUGUUUAUGAUGAAUAAUGUGCAUUAUAUUGUGCAAAAGAUUAGAGGAUCACCUGAAUUAAGGGAAAUGAUUGGGGAUGAAUACUUGAAAAAGUUAACUGGGAAAUUUAGGCUUGCUGCAACUAGUUAUCAAAGGGCGACUUGGGUGAAAGUGUUGCAUUGCUUGAGAGAUGAGGGUUUACAUGUGAGUGGUAGUUUUUCGUCCGGGGUGUCAAAGAGUGUAUUGAGAGAGCGGUUUAAAUCGUUUAAUGCCAUUUUUGAGGAGGUUCAUCGGACUCAAGCAACUUGGUUAGUGCCUGAUACACAGCUUCGGGAGGAGCUUAGGAUAUCAAUAGCAGAGAAGUUGCUCCCUGCUUAUCGAUCAUUUCUUGGUCGGUUUAGGAGUCAUAUUGAAAGUGGCAGGCAUCCAGAGCAGUAUAUCAAGUACUCAUGGGAAGACUUAGAUUCAGCUGUGUUGGAUUUGUUUGAGGGUAAUCCAGCUACGCAGCACUUGAGAAAAAGGUCACAGGGAUAACAUGAUUGUUCGAUUAUGUCAAAACUAGAAGCUAGGAAACUCAUUCUUUCAAUUUCUUUGAAGAAGCGUUUAGGUGAUGGCGUUGUGUUUGAUCUAGGGUGAUUCCUGAAGACUCGUUUUUCCUAAAGCAACAUCUGUUUGAUUGUCAAGGGUCAUAGUGAAGCAAGUUGGAAAAGAUCAAGGGUUUCACCCUCCAGGACUGCCAGAGUCUGAAUGCUUCUGUCCUAAGUCUUACCUGGUUGAUAUCCUGAGCAAAUCUUUCGUAGUUGGGAACUAAACUUGCUUAUGUCACAGACUCACAGUGCAUAAUUGUAAUUACAUGUUAUAGAAGUGUCAUGAAGUGAAAUCUGAAGAUAGAGCUCACCGUGACAUGGUAUUUGGAUUUGAUUUGUGUUAACCUUCUGGAUGAUGUGUCGUCUCGUAUGUACACUUGGAUAUAUACAUUAUUCUGUUGUUUUUUGUAUGUAAACAAGUUUGAUUACUUUUUUUUUUUUUUAUCUUGAGGUGAGAUGUUUUCAAUCACCUACAAUAAGACUAAUUAUUCAAUGUGUUGUGUGAUUCAACUAUUCUGUGUUAAUGCUUGCUUAGUUGAUUAUAGUUAUACUGGAAAUAGAAAUGCAAUUUUGCUAAACUUAAACUAUGAUUCAGUUGGUGAUUUGUAUUUACAUUAUUGUUUAGAUUUCCUUCUUUUCCUGAACAUAAUGUUUACGGUUACUCAUCUUUUCUGCACUAAUUUUAGAUGUCAAUAAUAAUAAAUUAGUAGUCCAUAUUUUCAUUAGGUUGCCUCUUUCAGACGAUUGUUUUAAAAGCACUUGCACUUCUAUGUUAUUUUUGGGCAAGUUAGUCAUUCCAUUGUGAAUUUGACCUUUGUAAAGGUCUAGACUCUGGACAACAGAAAUUUGUCAUGUGAGUGGGGUCAACACUGUGAUAUGAUCUUCAUGAAUUUCAAGUCUAACUGAUCUUUCAUAUAUCAACCUCAUCAUUCUCAUACUCGACUGAUCUUUCUUAUCAACUUUUCUCGAAGAAUUUUAUAUGCAAAACCCACUUACUAGUAUUUUGAAAAAUUAUUAAAAACUAUCUCGAAAAAGCUUAGUUUUUCAACAGCUACCUAAAAUAAUUCCUUUUCGUCGAAAGUUACCUAAUUUUUUUUGUCGAAGACUAUUAGUAACGUUUUUCAACUAAACUUUUGUUUUCAUGUCAUAUGAAAAUCAUGUGACAAUAUAAAUCCCAUUUUAGUUUCCCCUCUUCUUUCUUCAUCAAAAAUAGACCCUAAUUUCGAAUGAACUUAAGGUAAAAAAAUAAGUGACCGCAAUUAAAAGAUUUUAGUAAUU